UUCCGGCGGAAGCGGAAGUAGCCGCUGCGUUGUACGGCAAGGGGGUCAAGAUGGCGGCGCCCAUAGGGGGGCACGCUGAAUGAGGGAAUGGGCUUUGGAGGCGGACAGGGAAGGCUUUUCUCUGCCGCAGCAGGGACACGUGGUGCGGGCAGGACAACUUCUUUAACAUUUUCUAUUAUUCAGCCUUUCAUAUUUAAUAUUUUUAUUAUCCCUGUUGUGCCAGGACAGGGAAGAGCGGGGCGUGCAGCCUGUGCUCAUCACCUGCAGCUGUCCUGCAUCCCACAGCCAGUCCAGCUUUGUGAUGCCCGAGCAGGAUCUGACCCAGGAAGGCAAACAGGGAAGCACUGUGUCCUCCUCCCUUCCCCUUCCCUUCCCAUCCCUCCCACGCUGCUGUUUGGGGGCUGUGACCCCUCCCCAUUGCUCAGCACCCAUUCGAGUGAGCAGUGGUUGAUGGUGAUAUUUACAAAUUUUUGGCGUCCUUUUGUGUUCCGCCCCCAUUUUGACUCAUCAGCCUUUUUCUAUCUGUCCUUAUCAGCAGAUCAUUCUUAUUAUUAGAUCUGUCUUUUUCCAGCAACAGUUUUGCAUUUUCACCUUGGUUUUAUCACCUAAUAUAAAACUUUUUGUCUCUAUUUGAUGAUACACAGAUAAAUCCCUAAAGCAGGAAAUAAUUCAGUCUUGGCCCUUUCUAAACCCAUUUAGGCUCAUAUUUUUUGCAACAUUCAGCCAAGACGCCUCCAGAGCCAGGAAUAACACAUCUUGAAGUGCCAACGUGUCUUAAAAUCCAGAAAAUUGCCCCAAAACAGGCAUGACUCAUCAAGCGCCGUAGUGGGAAUGAUUUGCUUGGAUGACCCCGUAGGUAAGGAGCCAUUUGUUGGACACCACCACGUCGUUUCUCACAGCCCUGUGAGCGCAGCUUCUCGAAUUUCACUCCAGACGUUCCAGAUUUGGAGACCUCAAAUGGCAAAGGUGAAAUGGGCGUCAGCUCUCCAGGAUGAAGGAAUCUCUCCCAGGGUUUUCUGCUGGAUCACAGCAGGAGGAUUUGCUUUCCUAAAGCAUUGAGUGAUGUGAAGAGCCCAGAUUGGAGCCAGCGGCCACAUUCUUCUAAGGGAAAACCCUUCGGGUGCCCCUACGGUUCCCUUUCUAUCACCAUAACGAACCCCUUCUCCAUCCACUCAUCCCCUUUUGGGUUUGGAGGUUGACAAAUCCCUUCUGAAAUUCUUAUAUUGCACACGUAUCCUUCUUUGUUUACUUCUGAGGCAGCAAAGGUCCCCAGUGACUUAAUUCAGAGUGAGAUCAACAACCUUAGACAUCCUUUAUUAACUUCACAUCGUUUCAUGUUGUUCAGCAGCAAAAAAGAAAUACAGGAAUAGGAGUUUAUCUGUGGGAAUGCGCUGCAUUUUUGUGCUUGUUUGGCUGAUUGAAGGAAGCCAGGAGGAAAUGCUGUGAAAUAAUCCCAAAUGCUGAGAAACUGCGGGUGGGGGAGGAGGUGCCCUCUGUCCUGAUGAGCAGGAGGGGGAAAGUAGAAAGGAAUAGGCAUGAGCUCAUUUCAUAUCUCUUUAUUUUAGGGCAUUGCUCAACAGUGCUGUCACGUUAUUUGGGGCCAGGAGUGGCUGCUGCCCCAUUGGUGCCCAGAAACCAGCGCUGCCCCAUUUGGGAUUGGGGUCUGCUCACAGACCACAUCCUCCAACCAACCCAUGGCUGAGAGCAGAGAGGCGACCAGCUCUCCCCUCCAUUUCUACCCUUCCCUGCAGAAACCUGUUCCUGUCUAUACAGGGCUCCCCGUCCCUCCUGCCAUCCUCGGCAUUUAGGUAGGCUAUAAUUAGGCUCUGGGAACGUCCCCCUGCUGCCAGCACAGCUGUCGUGCCUGCAGUGACCCCUUCCAGCUCCCUGCGGACACGCAAUCCCUCCAGCAAUCCUAAAUACCCAUUUCCUGCCCUCCUGGGACAAACUGGGAGCUGCCAAAAAAUCUCCAGCCCCCCACGGACGUGACCAUCACAGCAGCAAGGAGCAAAGCAGGCACAACGUGACCAAGGCGCAGGUCGGGGUGGACAUUUGGAAGUGGUUCUGAUUGGGAAGAGGACGUGAUGAUGGCAUCAGGGAAGAGGAACGCGGAUCUUGAAUGGGACGCAAAAAUCAGGAAGCUAACAGAAGAUUUUGAAGAGAGUGACACGGAGCUCGAGGAAUGUGACACAGAAGAUGAGGAACGUGAUAGGAAAAUCAGAAAGCUCACAUCAGACCUUGGUGACGUUGACACAAAGCUCAAGGAACGCGAUAGGAAAAUCACCAAACUCUCAGCAGAAAUUCGCAGACUGACUGCGCUGCUGGGGGACCGUGACUCCAAGCUCCGCAAACUGACGGCAGAACUCGCUAAAUGCGAUGCUACCAUCAGGCUGUUCACAGUGGAACUCGGGCAGCGUCACACCAAAAUCGGGGAACUCACUGCAGAAGUUGGGGACUACAGCAGGAAACUUCGGAAGCACGCGGCGGAACUCGAGGAACGCGAUCUGAAAAUCAGAGAACAUGAAGCAGAGAUAAGGCGCCUCACUGAGCUGCUUGAGGACCGCGAUUCCGAUGCCCGUAAGUCCCUUUCUUUGCCCCACAGCUGUGAUUCCCCCCAAUGGGAAAGGCAAAAUCCCAGAGUCUGCCCCCAAAAUCUCCUCUUUGAGACCACAGGAGACGAGAAAAGGAGCAGAAAUGCCCUUAUUUAUUCAUCUCCUUGCUUAUGUGCAAAGCCGGGUGACUCUUUUCCGCCGGGCGCGUUGGGAAGAAAUGGGCAAAAUGGGAGGAAAUGAAAUUUAUUCAUUUUUCUUUGCUUUUCUGUUUAAU